AUUUUUCGAGCAACAGAACUUGCUGACAGCGUAAACGGAAGCUGAUUAAGAAGUACUCUCGCACAAUGUCAGUGUUACUUCAAUGUCCGCUUGUGGACAAAGCGUGACGGAAAACGGAACAUGAUCAGUUGUGGAUCUGAUUUCGACUGGUUUUGUGCAACCAUGUUCAAAAACCUUCGAAUGGAGGAUGAGCAGUGGUGAGCAUAUACAUCAAAGGAAUCGUGGCCCGAGCGAGUUAGAGGCAAUCUUCUGCACCUCUCAUAUCAUGGUUCCUCUUGACAGCAGUCAUUUCAGCCCGGCAGGGGUAAACGUUAAUGGUCACCGAUCAGCCAGCCGGGAAUGCAAACUUGCCUGUGAACGAGAUGCUUUCAUGUGCCCUCGUUUGAAUCUGCUGUCACCCCAGUUUUCGCUGAAUUGAGUAUUUCUAACGAGACAACUUCCACAUCUGCAUAUACUCGAUUACCGGCUGAUUCUCUAUUUAGACUUUAAAAAUCGUCACUCGUUCUCUACACACUCCCUUAUUUGCAAGUUGACACGCCGGAAGACGCUUUGAAUGACUUUAUUUCUUCGAUUAGCUGAACUGAUGGGGAUGAGUGAAGCAGGGUCCCAGCUUUGUGGCCCCUACAUCCAUUUCCACACAGCAGAAAUUCUGCCGAAUCUUGUCGUGAAAAUAAAGAAAUUUCCAUCAAUUUUUUUCCAGAUGGACAAGACGUUGUGAAGUAGAUGUUAGCCACGGACGAUAAGGAGUGUGAUCGUAAACCAGGAACAGAGAGCAUUCAGCAAGGUGGAAGCUGUUCCAUUUGCAUCGGCUGUCGAACGACCGUGAAGAUAAGAGAACGUCCGCAUCAAGGCAAAGCAAGCUGUACCAUAGCAACCGAGGAGCAGACAGAUAUCCGAGCCUGUCCUUCAGUGGAGGUCACUGCCACUGGAAUUGUGUCAACUCAACAGUUCAGUGUUAUCACGUUUCUGGAAGUUGGUUCACAGCCUGAAAUCUGGGUCAAAAAAACGGUAUCGUACUGGAAUCGAAAGAAUCAUCGGAAUUCGUAAUUUUACACUCAUCGUCUAUGCAAUAAAAAAUCUCGCAGGAAGAGUCCAAAGUGCAAAACAUCCAAAACUCAAUGUGAGAUGAUGCGCUUCGUGGUCAUCUAAUUUCAUCGUUGGUCACUCUGCGAACCGUACCUUACUGUCUUCGUGAAGUAAGACAACAACAGUUGUAGCCUGCACGUGAGGUCUAUGAGGUUCUGGUGUAGGCUCCAAAUUACCAUAAGUUAAAUAAAGAAUAUCCGCAAACGAGUACUUAGCGAUUGCAGGGAAGCGGAAUGUGCAAUAUGACCAGGAAGCAACACAGCACACCUUUGCGGACAACGAUGUGAGAGGAUGCGGGAGCUGCUGUCGAGCAGAUUAUGUAAUUAGAAGGGAGGGGCGAAUAAACAAAGCAGUGGCGAAUCGAUUGGAGCUCUUGGAAAGGGGUGUGGUGGAAGGCCGGACGGGCGUAAAGAUGGCAGACGCGAAGGAUGACGUUUUGGAAAUCGUGGAGACUCCUAUAGACAUGACCAAGUAUGUGGAUGCUGUACGUGAUCCUGGAGCUGGAGCUAUAACCACCUUCAUCGGAACAACAAGGGAUACUUUUCAGAAUAAAGAGGUGGUAGAAUUGCAGUACGAGGCCUACAAACCGAUGGCCAUUUUGGAGCUGAAGAAAAUUUGCACUUUGGCAAGAAAUCAGUGGCCUUUGAUUGGUAUUGCAGUUGCCCAUCGGCUUGGAACGGUCCCCAUAGGGGAAGAGAGUGUGUUCAUUGCCGUGUCUUCAGUGCAUAGAAAAGACUCGUUGGAUUCGUGCCAGUUUCUCAUCGAUGAACUCAAAGCAAGAGUUCCCAUCUGGAAGAAGGAAGUCUACUCAAGUGGGGAGGUCUGGAAGGAGAAUGCAGAGUUUCUUCAGCGGACCCAAGUCGGGUCCUAAAGUCUGGUUUUACAGUUUAGGCCAUCAAGUAUUUUUUCAGAAACAUUCUUCUCAGAUGUUCUCAUCUGCUUCGAAACCUUCAACGAUAUUCAUACAGUCAUGUAAAUUCGUCCUUCUUCUCUGUUAGGCUGUCGUAGAACAUGGCUCUGUUCUGGAAUGUGCAUGAAUCCGUGCAUUGUAGUCUUGCGACUCGACUUGUCUUCCAGAUGAUUUACUUCGUUUCCUGAUAGAUCACUUAUUUCCUAAUUGAGUGCGCAAGCUGGACCGUCGUUCUCUGAGUUGGACGCACGUAUAAACACUUCUUACCCUGUGAAGAUGAACACCCUUCUUCCUCCCGUCCUCAUCUAGGAACGGAUUGUGAGUUCUUCUGGGAGACGGCAUGAUAGACUUCUGAACUGAUGACCCCUAUGGAUCCUCGGCUUUGAGCUUAUGGUACUCCAAACGCCAGUGACUGAUUUGUUCUUCUUAACUCUUUUAGCGAGAGUUCUCGGCAUUGAAGCGGAUUUGUGGCAUGCCUUUAGGUUAAGGUAUGCUGGUAGGUUGCUGGUAUAAAUUUGAUUCUCACUCUAACUGUAUUACUUUGACGCCGUGCAGACAGUUGCUAGGGAUAUAUUCCGACUCGAAGAAGAAACCCUUGCAAACUGCGAGUAUAAGCUGACUGCCAUGUGUUCGUUUCGUGCCAUAGCAGUCGAGCUCUUCUGAAUAAGUUCAGCAUGUGAUCAGUCCUAUGGCCCUUUAGGUUGAGAGGCCUACUGACAUUUUGUCUCUUUUCUCUGGAAAGUGUGGUUCAAAUUAUUUGCAGUGAUUACCCUUGUAGUAUCGAAAUUUCUCUUUGAAGCUUUGGAGUCGCUCAGUGCACGCACAUAGAUGAGGAGUACAAUCUGUACAUCACAAUGCUACAAACGGACUGACCAGGUCACACGUAAGACAAUGGUGAGAGAGCACAAGUACACAGCGAUACGGAAGGCAGGCAGUCAGGGGGUACCUCUCGUAGAGUACUCACUACUCCCGGUGUCCUUCACAUCUAAGCGAGGUCAAGACUGUCUUAUAAAGUCGUCAAUGGUACCGAUAGUUCGUAAUAUCAGGAUGUAUCAUUGCCAGUCAACAGGCACUGGCUCUGAAGGAUCAUCUCAGCGUCCUUGUCGAUAUCUGCUGUUUAGGAUGUACAGUACUACGAACGCCCUCUAACCCAGACAACAGGUAUCUUUGUUCGUGGAUCGUAGCUGUUCAGGUACAGUACUACUGCUCUCGAAGCAAACGAACGAGAAAUCGGUUGGAAGUUCAGAGAAUUGUAAUUGCUAACUUCGAAGGAGUUAAAAUGCCCUCUUGAACUCGGAAUUUUGCUGGCAGCUCGCUGAAUUGCUAGUUACAUCACGUCGUUGUCUGAAUACAUAUCAAUGCCCUGCAGCAAUUAGAGAGGAAAAUGUCACAGAGAAACAUGCUCUGCCGUG